GAUUUGAUUGCUUGAGCUGCUUGAGCCGCUAGCCUACGGUCCUACCCAUGGUGCACUAUGAGGUGGUGGCGGUCGCCGAGUUGGGGGGAGCCCUCGUGCGGGAGGGGAAGAGUUUGACCUCUCAGCAGCUGGCCCGUUUGGGUGUAGGCGCUGUGAUCAAUGAGCUGGAACGCGCGGGGGAACGUCUUCGCUUCAAGAAGGUCUCAGGCUCCGGUCCGGAGAGUGGAUGGGUCAGUGCGAAGCUCCUAGAGAAGUGCGAGGCCACUAAGGCGGCGCCCACCAAAUACCAGGGGAAGAGCCUCCUCGCCCUGGCAGAAGCCAAAGUUCUCGAGAAAGGUGCACCACAAGCCUUGAAAGAAAGCGGAAAGGAUGGUGCCGGGCUUCUGGUGGCUUCAAUGGCACUCUUGGCGCAAGGUGACCUGACAGGCGCGAAUGAGAAGGCCAAGGCGGCCCAGGAGGCGUUGAAGGGCAACAAGGAGCAGGAAGCCUCGGCGCUCCUGGCCUUGGCCCUGACCACCAGCGAAGCCAAGACAGCCUUAGGACAUGGGAUGGCCGCGCAGGCCGCCUUCAAGGAGGUGGGCGACAAGCAGAUGGAGGCCUCGGCGUUGACGGCGUUGGCCAACCUGCGCUUGAGCUUGAAAGAACUCAGUGUCGCGGAGGCCUUGGUGAAAGACGCCUUGCGGAUCUUCCAUGAGUGCAAAGAGGUCAUGCAGAUCGUUUCCAGCACAUCGAUGACCUUAUGGACUCCGUAUGACGAGCUCACCAGGAUCAAGGACCCCGAGGGUGAAGAAGCCGCCGAGGCGACCCUGUUGGAGAUUUGCACCCUGAAAGACACCUCGACGUCCACGGCCAGUGUCUACCAAGAACGUGCCGCCUACUGCAAGAGCAAAAGCGACAAGUUGGGCCAGGGCCAAGCCCUGCAGAAGAUGGCCGAGCAGCUGUUGGAGUCUGCUUCGAAAGAGGCGCUGGAGUCCUCCAAGGAGGCCUUGGAGCUCCUACAGCAGGCCGGGGAUCAGAAGGGCACCCUCUCCGCACUGCACACGGCUGCCCUGGCGACGGGCGACAAGUCCAAAGUCGAGGAGGCUUUGAAGAUUAGCCGCUCCUUGGGAGAUGAGAGCAGCCAGGUGGAGCUGCUGACGACCCUGAGCGCCUUGCACCUACGGGGGCAUCAGAAGGAGUUGGCCAAGACCAGGGCAGCCGAGGCCCAGACGUUGGCGAAGAAGUUGCAAGACGAGCCGGCGGCCGGGCGUGCAGCCCAUGCGGUGGCCAGUGCGAUGUUGGCGUCGGGUGAGACGACCGAGGCCUUGGCUUUGGCCAAGGAUGCUGCGAAGCUCUUGACUGGCGCUGCGCGGGCGCUGGCCCUCUGCACCGCAGCCGGUGCGGCCGCCUCGAAGGAAGCGUGUGAGCUGCUCCGACAGGCGGUGCCUCUCUUCAGCGCCGCAAAGGAUGCAGGUGGCGAGGCCACUGCGAAGCUGCAACUUGCCACGGCUUUGUUGGCCUACGAAGGUCCUUUGGUCGAGGUCUUUCAGAGCCGAUCAGAAGCUGCUGGCCUGGCCGAGCAGGCCCGUUGUGCUUUCUUGGUGCUGGGUGACCAGAGGAGCCAGGGUCGCGCGUCCAACGUGGCGGCACAGAGUAAGAUCCUCUUGAACGACCUCGAUGGUGGCAUCGAGGCUGCGAUGCAGGGGGUGGUCCUGGCCCGUUCCUGUGGCGACAAGGAGCUGGAAGCCUACGCCCUGCGCACGGCGUUGGCCGGAAUGGUGUCCAAGGGGUGCAGCGCCGAGGCACUGCGCUUGGCCAAGGAGGUGAAGAUCCUCUUCCACAAGCUGGGGGUGAAAGCCAUCGAAGAGUCGCUGGAUUCCUUGAUCUUGCAGUUGGAGGAGGAGCUCCCAAAGAUUUCGCCCAUUCAACGGAUGACCAUCACGCCUAAGGAUACGAAGAUCAACCUCAGCAGCAACUCCUUGUUCACUCAAGCGACCAACUGCAUUGUUUGGUCGUUGCCGUUGACGCAGAUGACCUAUAUGAUGUAUCUCUUUGAGCUCUUGAAGUUUGUGGACGACUUGAAGAAUAUCCCGGACCGGGUCGCUUUCCUGGUGAUGACGAAGGGUGUCAUGGCCCGGCACACCGGAGAGAUGGCCGCGUCGCAGUUCACGGGCGCUUUAGGAACCACAGUCUGGGCGGUGUGCCGCACCAUUCGCUUGGAAAGCCCCAAGUUGUUGGUCUGCACCGUGGACAUGCCGUCCAGCGCCACCACUCAUGAGAUGACUGACUGCAUCCGUGCAGCGCAGUUGGAGCCCGGUCCUCGCAACGAGAUCGCCUUCAUCGUCGAUCGCAAGAAUCAGCUAGGCAAGCGGCCAUACUGAUCCUCAGCUUCCAGAUUUGCAUUCCGUGAAAAA